AACGGAGUGCGCCCUUUUUAAUGCCUACCAUCAUCUUCUACCUUCUUUCAUUUCCCCCGGAGUGUGGUACGGAGUGAGUAUUUUGCUUUUGAAAACUUCCGCCUCUGUUAUUUCUUCAACCAUACUUAGCCGCCCUGAGUAAAGAACUUUCGGCCUAGUAAUGGCGGACGUGUGCUGUGAGUUUGUGAAAGAGAGCAGCCCCUCGCCGACGGGAGAGACGUCUUCCCAGUCCGCCCGGAGGAGGAGGCUGGAGAUCAGGAGGAUCAAGUUCCUUCCCGGAGUAACACCUCCGGAAACUGUGACCCGACGGAAACGUCCUCGAUUCGAGACCUGUUCCUCCGGAUCUAUUUCGAGGAUAUGCCAUAACGCCGUCGACAAUUCCGGCGGAUCCGUUGCUGAGGAAUCGGGGUUGACUGGACCAGGUGGAUUGAUUUUGAGCCCGUUAACGUCCGAUUUGCUCCCGAAAUUCGGCGUGGCCUCCGUCUGCGGACGGCGGCGGGAUAUGGAGGACGCGGUUGCGGUUCAUCCGUGGCUCUGCCGCGAGAAUCGCAACGAAUUGCACUACUUUGCCGUGUACGACGGCCAUGGAUGCUCUCACGUAGCGAUGAAGUGUAAGGAGCGGCUUCACGCGCUGGUGAAGGAUGAACUCGAGAAGAAGGAAGCGAACGCCGAUUGGAAAGGUGCGAUGGAGCAAAGCUUCAGUCGCAUGGACAAGGAGGCGGUCGCGUGGAGCAAUAGCGUCGCUCGCGGCAGUUGCCGGUGCGAGCUUCAGAGCCCCGACUGCGACGCCGUCGGAUCCACCGCCGUCGUCGCAAUUCUAACUCCGGACAAAAUAAUAGUCGCCAAUUGCGGCGAUUCCAGGGCGGUCCUCUGCCGGAACGGCAAGGCGGUGCCCCUCUCCAAUGAUCAGAAGCCGGAUCGGCCGGAUGAGUUGAACCGGAUCCAAGACGCAGGUGGGCGGGUCAUAUACUGGGACGGGCCUCGGGUUCUCGGAGUUCUGUCAAUGUCGAGAGCCAUAGGAGACAAUUAUCUGAAGCCAUACGUGAUCUGCGAACCGGAGGUGACGAUCACGGACCGGUCGCCGGAGGACGACUGUUUAAUUCUAGCCAGCGACGGGCUGUGGGACGUGGUGUCGAAUGACACUGCAUGCGGGGUUGCGCGGAUCUGCCUGAAUGGGAAGACGUCGCCGAUGUCCCCUUCUCGAUCGCCGGAGAAGGAAGUGGGCCGCCGGGAUUCCAACAAACUUUGCUCCGACGCGUCGAUGUUGUUGACGAAGUUGGCUCUGGCAAGGAGGACGUCGGACAACGUGAGUGUAGUCGUGGUGGAUUUGAAAAAGGCCACGUAGAUCUUUGCGGCCAUAGAUAACUAAUUUUAGAUCUUUUUAUAGUCCCACUUGUUAGUUACUCCCUAGAAAUUAUAUAUUACGGAAUAAUAAUCUAUAAAUUAAGACAAAUCAUACAAGAUACUAUAUUUAGACUUACACAUUGAGAGAAUUUGAUGAGUCAAAGUGCUUAGAUGAACAGUUCCAAAAGUCAAAUGUGGACAAAUACUCCGGGACCCAGGGAGUAUUUCGUUGCAACUCUUUUUCUCCGUAUUUCUCAUUCCAAAAUAUCUACUCCGUACAGCAUGUUAGAAUUUGUUUUUAUAUUAAUGGUUUUCCUUUAAUUUUUUUUAAACAAAAACCAACGAUAGAACUAUUAAUUCAAGUCGGAAUACAAUGAAUUUGAUACUGAUAG